ACAAUCAGAUGUAGCAUAUCGGGAGAUAUUCAGGCGCACACAUCUUAGACUGGUGAUUUUUUGACAUUUCUUAUCAUAAAGCUUUGUAUAGUUUGUAUCUCGUGUAAGUCAUGUAGGCUAAAUUACUGUAAGAUUUCUUAGAGACACUUAGUGCACUUUAAGAAGCCAUUUGGAAGGUAGCUGCUGACUCAGGCAGAGGUCAUGUCUGGAAUCGAGGGUGACGGAGGGGCGGCUCAGGGGGAAAACAGGGACAGUAGCUUUAGGAAACGUGUGGGGUUCAUUGCCACCUGUGCGCUUGGAGGCUCGCUGGUCGCUUUAUAUGCUGUAACUGGACCUUUUAUUGCUCCGGCGCUGAGGAAGAUUUGUCUCCCGUUCGUCCCUGCGACAAACACACAGGUCAAAAAUGUCCUCAGUGUCUUACAGUCAAGAUCGGGGACCCUCGUGGACAUUGGAAGUGGCGAUGGACGGAUAGUGAUCGCUGCAGCGAGAAAGGGUUUCAGGUCCGUGGGCUUUGAGCUGAAUCCGUGGUUGGUGUGGUACUCCCGUUACAGAGCGUGGAGACAAGGGGUUCAUCGCCACACCUCUUUUUAUAUCUCAGACCUGUGGAAGGUCAGUUUUUCCCAGUACUCUAAUGUCAUCAUUUUUGGAGUUCCACAAAUGAUGGAGCAGCUGGAAGCUAAGCUUCAGAUGGAGCUUCAGUCCUCAGCCCGAGUGGUGGCCUGCCGCUUCCCCUUUCCCACAUGGACUCCUGAUCACGUGACCGGAGAGGGAAUUGACACAGUGUGGGUAUACGAUGCCAAGACUUUCAAAUCUCACGCUUCGAUGGCAAAGCUGCUGAACAACAGUGGAGACAAAAAUCAUCUAUGACGAUGUCAAAAUGGAAGUUUUUAGGCUAAUUGGUGAUUGAGAUGUGUUGUUUAUUCAGGUUUUCAUUGCAUCCUGUUAAAUUGCAAUAAAAAUGUGGCUGCAA